CAAGAUGCCGUCCUACCAAACAAAGUCUCAGACCUCAGCACUGCUCAGACGGACUCAACAAUGUAAUCCAGGACAUAUGGCUCCCCAGAGAGAGAAGGUGUCCUUCGUGGCAGUCGACGGGAUGAAGACGUUUCUGGUAUCAGCUUAUUGGGAACAUCGUACGGAACAAAAGGAGGUUCAUGUUCUUGCAGUGGUGCUGAGGAGCAAGACACAAAGCUACCGUUGCCACCUCUGUUGUCAGGACCAACUGCACAUCUCUGAAGGUGUCGGUAAAAUCCAUGGUGAUCACUUUAACUUUGCGUAUGGUACAGCAGAGAUCGUGUGUCCUAUCCCCUCAGGCUGUGAGACCCUGUCCCAUGUCGCUGUGACCUCUUCCGCAGCCAAUUCUGAAGAUAAACGUGACCAAGAAUUUCUGGAGGUGAAGAACCAGGAGGCGAAAACUGACUCUUUUCCUUACACCUUCACCGUCUGCAUCUCCACCAUGUUCGAGUAUACCAACGUGCUGCAGCUGGUCCAGAGUUUGGAAAUGCUGCAGUUACUGGGGGUGAACAGAGUUGUCAUCUAUAAGACCAGCUGCAGCCCUAAAAUACAGCGCAUACUGGACUACUACACUCGCAAAGGUUUAGUGGAGGUGAUUCCUUGGUCUGUCUCCAGAUUUGUGAAUGUAUCACGAGGCUGGUUGCCUGAACAUGGUCCAGGUGACCUCCAUUACUUUGGCCAGAUUCCUGCUCUCUGUGACUGUACCUACAGAUACAUGUACGAAUCCAAAUACGUGGCCCUGCAGGACAUUGACGAGCUCAUAUUGCCCCAGUCAGUCAACAGUUGGUUGGAGUUGUUGCCACUGCUGGAGAACAAAUAUGGAGCUGACCGCUGUUACAUGUUUGAAAAUAACGUGUUCCCCAUCACCGUCACGCAGCCUCCACCCAACUCCCAAACUCCACCCCCACAGAGCUGGCAGAAUGUGUCCGGGGUGAACAUCCUGGAUCACCUGUACCAUGAACCCAUCACUGAAGCCACUCACUUCAGCAACUUCAAGAUCAUUGUCAGCCCCCGUGCUGCGUUCACACCGACCGUCCACGGGCUACUGGACUCAGUGAACGGCUGCAAGUGGGUUGACAGGAAUAUAGCACGGAUGUACCACACAAGAGCUGCGAAACAACCCAAUCUGAAGCCAGACCAGCUCAUCUAUGAUGGCAGACUGCUGAACUACAACACCCACCUCACACCAGCUGUCAAUACUGUGCUCAGAGAGAGUGGACUUCUACCAGAGGGCAGCAUACAGUAGCCUCAGUUUGUGUGUGUGCGCGCGCGUGUGUGUGUGUGUGUGUGUGUGUGUGUGUGUGUGUGUGUGUGUGUGUGUGUGUGUGUGUGUGUGUUGACACUGUCUAAAGAAAGAAGCUAAAGAAAGCCUUGUCUAUUCAACUAAUGGAGAGGAUUGAUUCCACAGAGCUUUAUAUUUGAAUCAUUUAUUGGAUGUACAUGGAUCAAAGUGAAAGUGAGUGAGUGAGGAUUCACACAUUGAGGCUGACAACAUGUUGCUUGUUGACUCCCACUUUAUUUUUGUAGUAACACAUUGGCUCAGAAAGUCCAAUUCACUUCAUCUUUAGAGGGACAUUUUACAGGAAGAUUACAGGAAAUUUGCUUUUUUUAAUACUGUUCAAUACUUUUCUUGGGUGAAUGAUUGAAUAGUGAUUCAUUCUAAUUAGACUGAUUCAAGGAGAAGGUCUUCAAAUGUGUUGUCUAUCUCUUGCAAAUAUACCACCUCAGUUUCAGAGUCAAAUUAACUUUCAAAUUACACAAAUUUAUCAAGUAUAUGAAUUAAAUCUGAUGUACAAUCUAUAUGUCAGGGUAAUAUGUUUACAAAGAGGGAAAUAUAAAGAUGCACUUGAAACUACUGCUGAUUUUUUUUUAAAUAUUUUAAUUGAAUUUUGUAUUGUAAGUUAUUGUGGAGCAUCAUUGUCUGAAGCAAAUCCUUGUAUGAUAGAUACUGGUUUUGGAGCUGAAGACAGUUGUAUUUCACACAGUCUGUGUUUAAUUAAAGAAUUUUGA